UAAAAGAAAAUCCAACAGGGAAAACCUGCGGCUUCUUGCGACCUGACGCCCAAAUCCACAAACUUUUUCAAGUUUGGCUUAAUUUCUGUUUCUCACAGUCCGUCACAUCUGAAGACAGAAGGCUGAGAUGUCUGCCGACCAGAAGGAGGCCAUGAAUAUAUAUUGUGUAACACUCAAUGGACCUGCACCCUGGGGUUUUCGGCUUCAGGGAGGCAAGGACUUCAACACGCCUCUGACCGUGUCCAGGCUGACUCCAGGCGGGAAGGCGGCGCAGGCUGGAGUGGGUGUUGGAGAUUGGGUGGUGUCCAUCUUUGAUGCCAAUGCAGAGGAGAUGACCCAUGUGGAGGCCCAGAACAAGAUUAGAGCUGCCACUGACUCCCUCAAGCUCACUCUGAGCAGAGCUUUUCAUCCAGCUGGAGGAGAGCAGAAGAUGGAAGUUCUUGACAAAGGAGAGAUCUACUAUGAGGAGCUUUACCCUGAGGGGAAGCACGGUCUGCGUCUGGAAGGUCCAGCCUGUUUCAUCCCAAAUGACCGCAGUAAGAAGAGGCUUAUUGAGGACACAGAGGACUGGCAGCCGCGCACUGGCACCACCCAAUCACGCUCCUUCAGGAUCCUGGCGCAGCUCACCGGCACCGACUUCAUGCAGGACCCAGAUGAUGAGAACAUGAAACGGUCCAGGUAAAGAAGUGUGUGUGUGUGUGUGUGUGUGCGUGCGGUUUGACCUUUAGCUGCUCAUUAAGAGAUCACGGUGUUCAGAUCUCUGCGGUGGAGCACUGAAGUCCGCUUUGAUCUGCAUUAUGAGCUGUUGUCUGAUCUGAGUGUCUGCAGUAAAACCUCACACAUCCACUGCAUUUAAUCAGACCCACACACACACACACCUGCAGAAUACUGAUGGCCAGUACAGUCUCACAAAGAGAUCCUGAUGUACAGACUAAAUGAUUAGCCUUUAGGGGAAAUGUUUAUUCUUUUUCAGAAAUUACUCAAGUGAUGUUUAACAGAGCAAGGGCGUUUUUCAUAGGAUUUCCUAUUAUAUUUAUUUUCUCUGAACAGUUUUUUUUAUUUUUUUUUUAGCUUUGCUUGAAUUAAAAAUAAAGGAAAAACUGCUCAGGUCAGUAUUAAUAUAAACUGUUGUCAAUAACUUGCCUAAUUUACCCUAACUUGCCUACAAUUAAGCUAGUUAAACCUUUAAAUUGCUCUAAGCUAAAUAUAAGCGUCUUGAAAAAUAGCUAGUAAAAUAUUAUCCACCAUCAUCAUGGAUAAAAUAAAUAACUUUUAAAAAUGUUGAAAAAAUCAUCUCUCUGCUAAACAUCACUUAUUUCAAAAAUAAUUACAAUUUCAAAGAAGAGCAAAUAAUGUAGUCUUCAAAAGUAAAUCUGAUCAGGUCAUUCUGACUGCUUUAUAGUGUAUUUCUGUAAAUAAUAAUAAUAAUAAAAUUAUUAAUAAUAAUAAUAUUUCCUUCAGAUUAGUCCCUUUUAAUCAGGGUUUGCCACAGUGGAAUGAACUGCCAACUAUUCUGGCAUAUGUUUUACACAGCGGAUGCCCUUCCAGCUGCAACCUAUUACUAGGAAACACCCAUACACACUCAUUCUCUCUCUCGCAUGCACACACACACACACACACACACACACACACACACACACACACACACACACACACACACACAAUUUA